AUGGAAGACAUUCGCAAAGACCUCGUCACGUCCAUGACCAUGGCCGCCUUCAUCGGCAUCGCGUGGUACGUCGGGGUCGAGGUCAACGCGUCGCUCUUCCUCCUCUUCAAGCGCCGGCGCGGACUGUACUUUUGGUCGUGCGCCCUCGCCUCAUGGGGCGUCAUCCUGCAGCCCGUCUGCAUCAUCCUCGCCGACUUUGGCGUGUGGAACGACGCCGUGCCGGCCAUUGUGCUCAUCUACCUGACGUGGUUCAUCAUGGUGGUGCCCCAGAGCUGGGUGCUCUACUCGCGCCUGCACCUGCUCAUGCACACGGCCAGCGCGCUCGACGCCAUCAAGUACGUGCUCAUCUUCAACUCGGUCGUCUUUGCCGUGCCCACCAUGGUCAUUGGCACCCUGGCGCAAGCCACCACCGUCAACCCCAAGCUGCCCGCCUUCAACCUCGUCUGGGACCGCAUCCAGCUCGUCGUCUUCUUCGUCCAAGAGGCCGCCCUCAGCAUCCUCUACAUUGUCCAGACGCGAAAGUACCUGCGCGGCCGGGCGCCCCUCGUCGAGCGCUCCUGGUCCGCGUCCACGGUCACGGCCGCGGCCACGGCGACGCCCUCGCUCGGCCGCCGCGCCUCCUCGUCCCGGCCGCAGACGAGCGAGGAGCACUCGGUGCUCUGGCACCUCAUCUACGCCAACCUGCUCAUCCUCGCCCUCGACGUCGCCCUCCUCGGCAUCCAGUGCGCCAACAUGUUCCACCUCCAGGGCGCCUUCAAGCCCUGCGUCUACGGCGUCAAGCUCAAGCUCGAGUUUGUCAUCCUCAACCGCCUCCUGCAGACGGUCCGGAAGCCGGCCAGCCCCUCCUCCUACUCGUACUCGUACGCCGCGGGGGGUGGCUUCGGGAGCGGCGCCGCCAGCGCGAGGCGCCAGUCGAGGGGCCACAACCUCGUCGGCGUCGCCAACGGCGGCAACGGCCACGGCCACGGCCACAGCCUGUGGCACAAGAAGCCCUCUGUCGUCGAGCCCAGCGAGGACAGCGACGCCGUCCAACUCGUCGAAUCUGUGUCGAGGAGCGCGUCUGCUUCUCACGGCAGCGAGCACCAGCCUCCUGUUUAUGUUGGAGGCUUCAGGUGA